CUCUUGUUAUUGUAGUUGUUAUUGUUGGUAGUGUUUGAAUUACAGGAACAAGCCUAAAACCAUGUGGGGUUCGUCGUUUACGGACUGGGCCAAAAAGGCGCAGGAAGAAUUGCAGGAACAGGCGGCUCACUUGACGGUCGCCACGCCCUCUAGUUUAUUCAAUCUCGACGCCAUGCAACAACAGGAAGACGAAGCAGCAACAGCCAAAGCAGAAGUGUCCGUAACAACCAACGACGUGAAUGACACUGGAUCAUUACCACCACCCGUCACGACGUCGUGGACUUCUCCGCUGCCGCCAUCCUUGUCGGUGCCCCGCGUCCACGCAACGUCCCGACCAAAACCGUCGCUCCUUGUUCCGUCGGCCGUUGCCGAACAGCGGGAAACACUCCGCACGUCGACCGACCGAAAGCCGCCGCAAAAAAUGUCGUUACCGGAAGCGACGACUGGAGCAUUGCACGCACCCGUACGGUCCCAUGCGGAUGGAUGGGAGGAGAAUCUGGACUCGCACGACUUGGAAGACGGAACCCCCGCAACCGUCGACGACGCCGCUGACUAUAAUCCACAAUCUGUUCUUCCCGACCGAGCUGCCGUAAUGGACGCGCCAGUGGCGCCCAUCGCGGGGCAUCAACCAAUCCACGAUACACGUGCGCACGACGAACUCCCCCGGUCCGACGAGGAGUCUCCCCGCAUCAAUGAAUCCGACGAGGACAUGAACGAUGACGACCACGACAACUUUGACGACAAAGACGAAGGACUACCUUCUGUUCACAAGAUACCGCUCGAAUUGCCGGACGCGAAAGGCCAGUCUCUGUCGGAUCCGGCGACGCCAACCGCGAGUGUUGAAAAUUUGUCGUCGGUCGAGAAUGUGGUCGACCUACCACACGACGCGUCCAAUCCGGUCGCAGCGUUUGUCCCCGCCAUCACGGACCCGGAUCCUACCACAACGUCCAAUGGAACGCUCGACGCCGUCGACGCGGAUUUGCCUGCCACCAGAAUCACCAGCACUGUACCGCUUAAGAAAUUGCUCGUUCUGUGUUCCAUGAACUCUCUCAACAAGACGGCACACAAACGUCAAGAACGAGCUUUUACCAUUCUCCACGCCCGUCAGAUUCUCUACGACGUUGUGGACGGAGCCGACCCGCAGCACAAAUCCUGGCGGGAAGAAUUGUUCACACUGGCCCACGCGGCCAAGGGAGAGUAUCCGCAAUUCUUUCUCAUGGACGUGGACGACGGUAGCACUACCUACUGGGGACCGUGGGAUCGGUUGGAAUACGCCAACGACAACGGCAACCUGGCGGAAGAGUUGACUGGACGGUUGCAGACCGGCUGGUCACCGGAAGACCACGUGGCGGAUUCCGCUUUGCCACCAUCGCGAUUCGCCACCCAUCAACACGCUAGCGCCGUCGCUAUGGACGACGAACGGGAACAAUUUUCGCAGCAAAUGCAACGCGUCGAAGUCAAUCACGCCGCCGAACGACAAGCCCUGGAAACGGAACACGCCCGCGCAUUGGAACAAGCACUGGCCAGUACGAAUCAUGACGCAUGUAUCACGGAACGGGUGGCGUUGCAGGAAAAGUACGAAACCGCCUUGGAUCAAAAGAACGACCAAUUACACGACCUGGUACGGGUCAACGAAGGGUACAAGCUCAAACUGGAAGUAUUGCAACGGGAGGUGACCGGAACACAGCAACUCUUGCAAGCGCGGGAUGGUGACCUGGGUCAAGCAGCGCAAGCCCACCACGAUCAAUUGAGUCUCAAGGCUGCUUUGGAAACGUCUCGAGCUGAUUUGGCGGGUAGCAAGCAAGAGCUGGCUGAUCUCAAGGCUCGCGUCAAAGUGGUGGCUACGGAGCUGAAAGACCGCAGAGUGGAGUGUCGCGAAUUGCAUACAAAAGCGGACGAAUUGAACGCAGUCAACCUUGACCUCAAAUCUCGGGUGGACGAGUUGAAGUCACAACUCACGCACCAAAACCGCAACGGAUCCGAAAAACAAGAAGAAAUGGAACAGCUCAAGGUCAAACUUGUCGACGCAGCCAUCGUCUUGGAGCAGGCCGAGAAUCGGGUGCAAGAAGCCAAGUCGGAAGGCGAAAAGGCUCUGGCUGAUUAUAAACGCAAAGCGCAAAAUUCGUUGUCGAUGGCCAAUGCGCGGACAGCGGCAGCCGUUCAGGCCAAGGAAGAAGCCGAGCUCGAGGCACGGGCGGCUCGAAGUACCGCCGAUUCUUCGAUGGAUCGGGCAGUCAAAGCCGAGAUUGCCAGUAGGGAGGCGUUGGCGGAAGCGAAGGCCUACGUUGCGGCAAUGGAAAAAGAAAAAUCCGAGGCUAUACAGAAAUUUGAAGCGGCUGGAGCCGAAACGAAGUCUGCUCAGGAACAAGCAGCCAAACUUCAAGAGGAUUUGUCGCAAGCAGUUGAAUCUAAAUCUGGAAUUGCUGAGCAGUUGCGACAGUCGACUUCCCGACUUGAGUCAGAACAAGAAAGAUCGGCAUCGCUGAGAGAAGAACUGUCAAAGAUGCAACACAAGAUCGCAGAAGUGCAGGACGACAGUGCCAUUCUCCGAGCACAACUUAAACGAAGCGAAUCUGAGCUUACGACUGUCAAAGAGUCGAUGGGCGAGGGCUCCAUGGAGUCAAAACCAGUAAGCAUGGAGGAAAAUGGAGUGUCAGAAAAAGCUACCGACAACGAAACGAUCCGAAUCUUGCAAGAGGAACUUCAGGAUGCCAACGCUGCUAUUGAAGAAAUGAAGGACGCUUUGAAGAGCGUUGUUGAGAUGAAUGGCUCUGUACCAACGAAAUUUCAAUUGGAAUCGACAGACCAGACCAAUUAUGGCUUGGACGGGUCUCGAAACGGAACGCAUUCGAAUGGGGGUAAUGACGCCACACCGUUGUUUUUCGCAAUGGAAAAGCAGGCGGAACUCAAGACUGCACGAAACGAAAUCAAUCGACUUGCGAAUAUUCUCGCUGACGUUCAAUCAGAAAAGAUGGAGGCGGUUGACGCAAUGGAGGACAUGCGGAGAAAGAUGGAAGAAUCCGAGUCGAAGCUUAAUCGCUUCGAAAAGUUGAUGCCGAUACAUGAUCCUGGAAACACAAACGGCACUUGCAGCGAGACCAACAGUGGCGCUACGAACAUUGAGUAUUUAAAAAACAUUAUGCUCAGUUUCCUUAACGCGAAGACAGCCGCUGAAAAGAAGAAUCUUGUUCCAGUGAUUGGCGCUGUUUUGUGUCUCACGCCUCACGAACAAGCUGCUGCCGCGCAGAACAUCGAUCAAGCAACGAGUUUGGGAGGUGUUGGUCAGAGUCUCUUCGAAUCCUUGAGCGGACGCUUGUCUUGAAACUGUAGUAACCGAUUUAAGCUUGCUUCUAAUUGUUUACAGAUAAAAUUACUGUUCUGAUGAUAUUCCUGUACUGAUCCCUUCCCCUUUUCAGGGUACGCCGUGAAGGCGUUCCCACACUUUGUCGAAGAAAAUCUUGCGCCAACCCGGCUCGAGACGGGGCGCUCUACUUUUCGCUUCUUUCAGCGAAACUAGCUGCUCUUUGAUUUGAGGUGGACAUUUACGGCACUUCAAGAUAUGAGCGUGAAUAUUCUGUGAAGUGCUGUUAGUCGAAAGGCUCCUGGAAGAAAUCGGAAAAUAUUUCCCUAAACCUGCGUGCCCAUGGCAAUGCCGACACUGAAAGCCGGGACAACCAACAGGACCUUUCGAUCGUGCGACAAAGCGAUCAGCUUCUGUGAAUUGGCAGUUUUCAACCUGACGCAUCAGAAAGUACACAUACGACGGCACCAUGCUCAUGUCAUCGGUAGAUACAAUAUCCUCUCCAUCUUGAAGGUACGCUCUUUUGACGGAAACGUCUGAAUCACUGGCUGGUUUUUCGACCUUAUCGGCGCUGUUUGAGGGAUCAGCUCUUCCAGAAAUAUCUGUCCCAAAUCGGAUUCCGUCGUCCGUAUCGACCAUCCCCAAAGACUUUGCAGAAUCAGCCCAAUACUGUCGAGUGGUUGGUGUCCAUGAAUCGAUACUGCUGAGCUGAGUCAAUUCUCUUUUUUCACUUUCAGAAAUUUGGUGACAUAAAGGUAGGUGGACGCGCUGCCAGCGCUUCACUGAUUCGUAAAGACCAGACAUGGAAGUAGGAAAGGAGACAGCUGCAAUGGCUACCCCAUCACCUGUACUAGUCUUGCAGAAUCGGCAUCGAACGCCUACUUGAUGCAAACCAAUACGACCCCGUUUUGAAGACCGAGCGACGUCGUCUUGCGUCGCGGAAAAUACUUCGACGCAAUUGGAUCGAAUAUAGCAGUUCAUUUCCGAGAGCCAUUCCGGAUCAGAUUCAGCAUUUGCUAAGGAAAUUGACCCUCGGAACCAUUCCCUGUCAUGACUUGAUGUAACUUCAGCUUCUUCCGUUUCCACUCUAGUACUACUGUGGAUACGCUCUGUACGCGGAUACGAAUGGUUCUUUUGCAGUGCUAGGGCGUCCAUUGGAUGCCAUACAUGUAUGGGACGAUUGCUGACUAGGACACGCCGCAUUUGGCAGACUUCUUCAUGCAUACAGGCCUGCUCAAAGGUAUGAAAAGAGGCGACGUUGCAAAAAUCACAGACCCAUUCAUUCGACAUUGAUUGGGCGUAUGUAAGCUGACGCAUCUGGCUACCUUGUGAGCUCAAUGGAGAAGGUAUGCAUUGCCGUCCCCAGCUAGCUCCCAACCACUCUCUAGGCAUUCCCGUUGGAACUCCACCUCCCCGGGCAAAACCCACGGGCAAGCGGGAAGCUUCGGCAAUUCGUCUUGGAGGGAAAGACUCAAGUCGAGCGACCGUCGCAUCAACACCCCCGACGUUCGGUGAAAAGCGGACUCUACUCUUAAUCCUUCCGGGGGAGCCCUUUUCCGGAGAGACGACUAAGGGUCCUUUCUGGGGAAUGUGCGAUUCCCAGGAAGGCGAUCGACCAUCCUCGGGAUCCCGAGCUUCAACAGCUCCUUUUCGGCUGCUUAAAGUAGGAGUCAUCGUAGCAAGAGAGGCCAGCGCAAACGCGGACGCUAAUUCGGUUGCGCCGACAGAGUUCUUCGACGUACAAGCUCGAGAUUCUUCGCUCAGCAACAGUUUUUGUCGCUUCGCAUGCGGCGACGGGGAGAAGUUGGUAAGUUCCCUCCGACAGGAGCGAUCUUCCGCCAUCGUUUCAGCUUUAUAGUGCAUGGAA